AUGGGCUUCCUGGGAAUCUACCGAGCCAUCUAUGACUACACUCCCAACGAGGAUGCCGAGUUAGCCAUCAAGCAGGGCGACCUGCUGUACAUCCUCGAGAAGAACGACGAUGACGGCUGGUGGAAGGCCAAGAAGAAGGCCGGCACCGAUGACGAGGAUGAGCCUUCUGGCCUGAUCCCGAAUAACUACGUCGAAAAGGUAUUCCCAUUCUCGCUCCCCGGUGCCCCCGUGCCCCCGUGUCCCGGCCCCAUCUCCAUCAUCGACUCGACCAGCGCCGAGACGGUGGGCCACGCCCGUGCCGUCUACGAAUAUACUCGCCAAACCGACGAGGAGCUGUCCUUCUCCGAAGAUGCCGUGCUAGAGGUCUUCGACACCACUGACGAGGAUUGGAUUCUUGCCGGAGUAGACGGCGAGUAUGGAUUCGUUCCCGCAAACUACAUCGAGCUCCAGGCUGCUGCUCCUGCCAGUGCGCCAUCGGUGCCGGCGGCCCCAGCAUUACCAAGGCGGCCGCCAUCCCAGAGCAUCGCGACCGAUGAUAGCACUCCCCCGUCUGAUGAAGCGCCGGCUGCAGCUCCUGCGAUUGCAGCUCCUGCGGUUGCCGAUCCAGCAGUCACCCUUGCCAGCGUGAUUCAAAACCAAAACCGACAAUCCACAAGGGAGCCCAUGACACUCAGGUUCAAAGAGCCGGAGUUGUCCGAUGAGGAGUCUAUCAGGUCACCAGCUCUGCCCUCGCGGCCACGCCCACAGUCUCAAGCAUAUCCAGUGUCGGAGCAGCCAGCCAAGCCGGAGCGAACCCCCGAAUCCCAGCCCAAGGGGCAUUUGAUCCCUGGCAACUUCCACCUGUAUAAUAUCAACGAGAUGGUAUCGGUCAUGGGCAAGAAGAAGAAGAUGCCGACAACUCUGGGCAUAAACCUCUUGACCGGUACGAUCCUUAUCGCGCCCGAACGAGCUGAGAACGACCCCCCUCAAGAAUGGACUGCCGAUAAGAUGACCCAUUACUCUCGCGAGGGCAAGCACGUCUUCAUGGAGCUUGUCAAGCCAAGUAAGAGCAUUGAUUUUCAUGCCGGAGCUAAGGACACUGCAGAAGAAAUUGUGGCAUCUCUCGGUGAGCUUGCAGGUGCUGCUCGGGCGGAAGGAUUACGAGAGGUGAUUGCGGCAGGCUCCCAAAAGCGUCAAAGAAAGGGAACCAUUCUCUAUGACUUCAUGGCACAGGGUGAAGAUGAGGUGACCGUUGCUGCAGGCGAUGAGGUGGCCAUUAUCGAUGAUUCAAGGAGCGAGGACUGGUGGCAAGUCCGCCGCCUAAAGAAUGGCAAAGAAGGUGUUGUCCCGAGCAGUUAUAUCGAAUUCUCAGGCACAAUCACGCCACCACUCGUGCAAUCAGCAACAGGGCCGUCUGGAGGCAAUUCCGCCAGAUCGGCCGUUGAACAAAAUCGCCUGGAUGAGAUAAGACUUACGAAAGAGGCAAUAAAGGCUGCUAGCAGGGAGCCUCAGCAGCAACAGCAACAGGUAGGCCUAGGAAUGCCUUUACCUCGCAGAGGUAGCAGUCUCAUAGCUCCGGAUGAUGGUAACACUUUGCGACAACAGCGGCCUCGACGCGAGAAUGGACGAAACGACAGUGGCAGCCAUGCUUCAAGCAAAUCCAGUGAGUUUUCUGUCCCCCCUCCCCAUAUGAGAGCCCCAUCACCACAAAGACAUUGGCGGAAAGCUGACCCUCAAACGAUAGAACCUGAUGCAUCCAAGGUCCGAGUAUGGACAGAUCGAUCAAAGUCAUUCAGUGUCGAGGCACAAUUCCUUGGGCUCAAAGAUGGCAAGCUACACCUCCACAAAAUGAACGGCGUAAAGAUUGCUGUACCGAUAGCCAAGAUGUCGCACGAUGACCUUGUAUAUGUCGAGAAUCUCACCGGAAUAUCUUUGGACGAUGAGAGACCCCUUGCCGAUGUCAAGCGAGCGUCAAAAGCCCCGGAACAGCCAAAGCCCGCUCCCGUUGGAGCUUCCGUGGACAAGGGCCCGGAAUACGACUGGUUUCAGUUUUUCCUUUCUUGCGACGUCGCUGUUGGCCUUUGCGAACGUUAUGCCCAGGCAUUUACGAGGGAUUCCAUGGAUGAGAGCGUCCUGCCAGACGUCGAUGCCGGCGUCCUACGGAACCUGGGCUUGAGGGAAGGAGAUAUCAUCAAGGUAAUGCGCACUCUGGAUGCCAAGUUCGGACGCGGCAAAAACAAUGGCGAUGCCGAUGGCGGUCUCUUUUCAGGCCCUGGCGGUGCUCUACGGAAUAACACAAGGAAGGGCCGGCCUGCCCCCGCAGUCCAAACUGGCGAUGUGGUCGAUGCCGCCGUUUUCUCAACCAAGGACGCACCUAGCUCUGGCGAGGCGGCGGCGGCGAAGCCGGCGUCUCCUGCAAGUCCGGUGAAGGAGCCCAAGCGUCCUGCGGGAGGAUUCGACGACGAUGCCUGGGAUGUGAAGCCCACAAAACAAGAACAGCAAACACAGCCGCGGCCGGCAGCGCCAGCAGCGGAGGCCCCAAAGAAUGUAGAGCCUGCUCCCGCCCCAGCUCCCGCCCCCGCGCCUGUUGCCCUCACCGGAUCUCUACAAGAGCUUUCCUUACUAUCAACACCAUUGGAGCCCAGCAAGGUCGAACCAACGCCUCAACCUCUGGCUCCGCUCGAACCACAGGUAUCUGCGCCCGCGCCCCAGCAGCCACUCCUCGGAGCAAGCCCAUCCUUCUUUUCAACAGUGCCGCAGCCCAACCAGGUUUCAGUCCAGCCCUCGCUUACUGGAGUUCAUAUCUCUCCGAAAUCUCUAGGAAGGCAGAGGCCUCUGGCGCCAUCUAUUUCGCCGCCCGUCCAAGGUUCUCUCGUCGUUCCGCCACCACCACAGCGACCUCUUUCUGCUCCGCAGUCGACUCUUCCCCAAGGCAUGUUUGCAGCACCCGCGCUUGUCCCUCAGGUCACCGGUCUUGUCCAAGGCCAAGUUGCACCACCGGGCCAGAGCCUCAACGACAUUACACAGGCCCGGCUGCAACAGCAAUAUGCUGCCCAGCUGCAGCAAAACAUUCAGCCAAUUCAGCCGAUGCUGACGGGAUACAUUGGGCCCCAGCAGCAAGGCCUCCCCCAGUUCCCUCAAGGUGCUCCCGGACCGUACUUGCAGCCCAUGCUGACUGGUGCACCUGGCUAUAUCGACCCCAGCCGCAUUAGCCAAUACGGAGGACUUCAGCCCCAGCCCACCGGCUUCCAGCCGUCUCUGAACCAGUCUCCAUUUGGCACUGGCAGCAUCAACAACUAUCUACCGCCGCCUCUGCAGCCCCAGCAGACUGGAUUCCAGCCUUUACAGCCACUUCAACAAGGAGCCAAUAACGAGUUGAGGGCACCUAUGCAGCCCCUUGUACCUCAGAAGACUGGACCUCCUCCGCCUGUCCGAUUCGGCGUCACGCCAGAAACCAAGAAGUUGACGCCCCAGCCAACCGGCCGACGGGCCAACCUGUCUCAAGCGAGGGCCGAAAGCACUAACGACUACCCUACCAUGGCAGAAGCAUUGCAAGACCUGCUGGGCAUUGAGCAGAAAGUUGAUGCCACGACGUUGGAUUACAUCUCCUACCUGGCGGGACAGCCAGUCGAUGCCCUGCGGUCGUCGGAACGCCAGCUCCUCUCACAGCAGUCCAACUCGGCCCUGCUCUCCAUCCAAAGCCUCUCCAAGAAGUCGUACAAGGCCGUCGUUGGCUCGGCUGAUAGCCAUGCGUCUUUGCGGAAGUCAAUUCCCGCCCUGUCGGGCAACGCGGUGCAGCUGAGCCGGCUCAUCUCCAACCUAGACUCGCAAGUCGAGCACUUUUCCACCACCGUCGGCAAGGCUGGCGACAACAAGUCGAUUGCGCGGCGGAAGCAGGUGCUGAAGCUGCUGGAAAACGCCGACCGCCUGACGGAUCUCAUGCAGGUGCCGACUCUCCUGUCGUCGACCGCCAACAUCUCCCCCCUUGGCUUCUCAUCCACGCUGGACUUGUAUGGCCACAUCCAGCGGCUUGGAGCUCUGUAUCCAAACUCGCCGCUUGUCUCUGACAUCUUGAGAGAGUCUGAAGCUUCUAUCCUUCGGCUGGCUACUGAUCUCGUCAACACCCUCAAGGCGCCGAAUCUGAAGCUGGCUGCGACACUGCGUACGGUAGGCUGGCUUAAACGUGCCAUCCCCGACCUCAUCUCUUGGGCACCAGCACAGGACAUGAUCCCGGCUGUGUUCUUGAUAUGUCGUUUUAUCACACUAGCUGCCACUCUUGAUGCACUGGAGCCUCUGCGGCUACUGGCAGAAGAUGAACGCAUCAGUCAAGCGAAGCCUGGACAGUCGCGGCCCAGCGGCCAGCACACGGAACGAUUCCUGAAGCGUUUCAUUGAAGUUUUCCGAGAACACAGUUUUGGUAUUGUCUCCAUGUCUAAGAGCGUAGACACAAACCUGGGAGGCACAGGGCCUGAUAGUCUUGAUCUUCUUCACCCUCUGCCGUCAGCGCUAUCUACAUUCCCCAUCCAUCUGGUCAACAUGCUGCUCGAGCCACUUCGCAUCUAUUUGCCCGCUGUCAAGGACAAGGUCGCUCGAGAAAGUAUCCUAACUCAAGUGCUCUACUGUGCCGGCAGCUUGGGCAGGCUAGGCGCUGACUUUGGCAUGCUGUUAGCCAUGAUUGGGGUCAGCGAGUGGGUGGAUUUGGUUAAGCGCCAUAGGCUCCUGGCAGGGCGACUGGAGUCUGUUAUCGGCGAUUACCGUAGAUAUCAUGAGUACAUCAUCGGCAUCACCAGCGAAACCAGCUGCGGCAGGUGCGCAUUCCACAAUGGCAUGUUCUCUGCAAGUUUCUCAUCACAGUCAUUAGCGCAACACUUUGUCUUUGGUCUCGGAUCGGGAGUGGCAUCUGCUGUUUUACUACAGCCGCUGGACCUCCUAAAGACACGCACACAGCAAUCCGGGCGUCCCUCGCUGCUCAUAGGCAUUUGGCGAGAGCUCACACAGUCACCACAGCCGAUUCGAGCCCUUUGGAGAGGGACGCUGCCUUCCUCUCUUCGCACGGGGUUUGGUUCAGCCUUGUACUUCACAUCACUCAAUUCCCUUCGCCAGCUCCUUCAAACUUCCAAUGCCUUCAGCCAGAAGAUUUAUGCGCGCAGCUCUUCGUCCAGCUUGCCUACGCUGACGCCAACGGCAAACAUGGUUUCAGGAGCAGUGGCGCGCACAUGGGCGGGCUUUGUCAUGAUGCCCUUGACAGUCAUCAAGGUCCGUUUCGAAUCCAGCCUCUACUCCUACACAUCCAUGUGGGCUGCCGUGAAAGACAUUCAUCGCCAGGGAGGACUCAGAGGCUUCUUCGCUGGCUUCGGCGCGACUGCAAUCCGGGACGGCCCUUAUGCCGGCAUGUACGUGACCAUCUACGAGGUGAUGAAGAGGAGACUGUCAUCCCUAGCGUCUCACAACGCUUCCGCGGCCGAGGGAACAAAGAGCAUGACCUCCUCCAUGGCCAGCUCGGUGAACUUUGCGUCGGCGAUUCUGGCAGGGACAACAUGCUCGGCCAUAUCAAACCCGAUUGACGUCUGCAAGACGCGCAUCCAGCUGCAGCCUGAACGAUACCGGAAUUUACUCCAUGCCGGCUACAGGAUGGUGGUGGAAGAAGGUUUCCGGUCGCUGUGGCGCGGCCUGGGCCUCAGGAUGAGCCGAAAGGCAUUGAGCUCGGCGCUCUCGUGGACAAUAUACGAAGAACUCAUACGCAGGUAUACGAGCAGUUAUGGCACAAGGCAAAGCCUCAAGUCAGUGUAA